UGCGGCCUGUUCUCGGCGGGAGCGGGCGCGGGUGCAGGCGCAGGCCGCCGCCUGAGCGGGGCCGCGCGGCAGCCCUCGGGUGCGCGGUGCAUGUCAGCGGUAAUAAAGUGCGAGGCGCUUCCUAAAUGUGGAAAGGCUUCGUCUGUGCCCCUGUGUUUGGCGUGUGAGACCAGAGUUGUCCUUUAUCCGUGGGAACCGCGGAAACCGGCCGUCACCGCUGGGACUGCUCCUCGGCCGGGGCCCUGGUGCCCCGAACAUACCCCCGUGGCGGAGCCUGACCACGAGGGUGCGUGAGCACCGACCGUUCCACAGCCCCGCAUGCCGGGCCAGCUGCCGUGCCCCUGGCCAGCCUUUUCCGCAUGAACUGCGGUCAGCCGAAAAGAAAUCUCACUGCUUUAGUUAAAUUUGUAAAUCAAGAAAUGCAGGCCGAAGGAGUCAUGUGGCUCCAUGGCGCGUACGGAUUCCUGCAGGAAUUUGCAAUCGUGCGCAGGCAUAAUCUUUGUCCAGGCUGAUGAACAAUGGCAUCCUUCAGCAACCUGACUAUUGGCAUCGCUGUUGCCAGUUUUACUGUAUUUCAGCUCCUGUUCCAUGUUUUAAGUUCUUGGGUGUCAACACGAAUAACACCUGGUUUUAACAAUCUCAGCGAAAAAAGGAAGAUCGAGUGGAAUUCCAGGACAGUGUCCACAUUCCACGCCUUGGUGGUUGGUGGGUUUUGCCUAUAUAUUUUGAUGUACGAUGAUGCUGUUAAUGCUGACCGACUCUGGGGUGACCCUUCAAUUGUGAAACUGAAUAUUGCUAUUACCACAGGCUACCUCAUUUCUGAUUUGUUGCUUAUUAUUUACUACUGGAAGGCAAUUGGUGACAAGUUUUUUGUAAUACAUCACUUGGCAGCUCUGUAUGCUUACUAUUUUGUACUGAGCAAAGGUCUGUUGGCUUAUUUUGGAAACUUCCGUCUGCUUGCAGAGUUUUCCACUCCUUUUGUCAAUCAGCGGUGGUUUUUUGAAGUACUGGGAUAUCCCAAAUCUUCAAAGGCCAACAUCGUCAAUGGUGUGCUGAUGACAGUUGUGUUCUUCGUGGUGAGGAUUGCCGUCAUGCCUAUAUAUUACAGCCAUGUACUUUCUUCAUUUGGAACAGAGGCUUUCCAGAGAUUAGGAUUUGCAGCCCAGAGCGCCUGGAUUAUCUCAAGUGUUGUCUUGGAUGUUAUGAACGUGAUGUGGAUGGUCAAAAUUGCAAAAGGAUGCUACAAAGUCAUUUGUCUUAUUGGACAGGAGGAAGCCAAAACGCAUAGAAAUGGAAAAUAUGACUAGAAAUCAUAUGCAUAAAAUGAAGUUUCUGCUAUGAAAAUAAUUUGGGUUCACUGAAACGGUGCACAUUUCUGCCAUGGAAUGCUCCUUUUAAGGAAACAAGGUAUUACCUCUGUACUGACCUUACUCUUUCCCUAGCCACACUGCCUGCACACACAGGGCCAUGCUUUACGGAUCCUGUCCAGUGAGGAGUAAAAGCAAAAGCUCACACAAAUGAGUUCCACGUGUCUGUUCUAAACAGUUACAAGCUACUGAAGUUAGAAAAGAGCAGACUGGUUACUUGCUUGUCCACCAGUGUGUUCAAAGUGUUUCACUCAGGUUUCUCAGAUUAAUGUCUUUUGUAAAUCCCGUGAAUACUGACAUCUCUCUUUUUUUUAGAAAACAAAAAAAAAUCCCCAAACUCCUGAUACAGUGCAAUUUUCCUGGCACGUUUCUAUGUUUUCUUCUAGGAAUAACAAUCAAGAUUUCAUUCUUGACAACUUUUUAAUUUUUUGCAAGAAAAGCUAAAAUUGUAGCUUUGAUUCUGUGAAGUCUUUUACUGCUUUUUGUUCUGCCUUACGUGAAUGCAAACCAAUUGGGGAGAUUUAUGAAAUAAUUUUAUCUAAAAUGCUGUAUUAUAAGACUACAGAAUAUUUUAAAAAUUGUGAAGAUUCUCUGAUUUUGAUGGGAAGGAUUCACUUUUGCUGUGUUAGGUUACAUGCAAUAGUACAUCUAUGUUGCCCAUGGAAAUUUUUGCAUAAGUUAAUAUGGUAAAUGAUGUGUGGAAACCGCAUAAUUCUUACUGGAGUGCUUUUUCUUUUGCUGCUACUACCUUUGAGAAGUGCUGCAACUCUCCUCGGAGUAUUUUUAACCAUUGGCUAUUUGGAUAUGAAGUUGAAUUGUAAGGAGAUAAUUCUUCUGUAUAUGUGAUAUGUAAUGUUUGGUAAUAUUUUUUUCUUUUGUGACAGAAGUGACCCAUUUGAUGUGAAGUGUUCAUUUUUUUUUUUUUUGUCACACUUUCCUUGUUAAUCGCAUCAGAAAUCUGAGUUUUUGACUGAAAACAUUCUCUAAUUAACUGUGCCAAACUUCUGUAAAGCUGUACGGUAAUUCCAUAGAAUAAUGACAGUUCACUUUGUAGACGACAUGUUUUAUUUUUUUUAAACCAUGUUAUUUGUCAGUAGGUACUCUGUUCCUUCUUCUGCAAACUUCAAGCUUUGGAGGUUAUCAGGAAGUGAUCUUACCACCUAGGAGUAGUCUUGAGUCUAAUUUAUAAUACAAUUUGAGGAAAUCCUGUUUUUUAUUUCUGAAUGAUUUUGAAGGCGGCAUUUGCGUGUAGUUUGGUUUUGUUUUGCUUACUUUAAACCACAUCUGAAUUGGGACUGAUUAAUUUCUGUUCUUUUUCUUGGUGUGGGUUUUGUUGUUUUGGUGGUUUGGGGGGUUUGUGUGGUUUGUUUGGUGUUUUUUUAAUGUUACUUCUUAUCUGUUAUACCUUCUGGUAAGGUGUGCUGAAAGUGUCCAUUUUGGCUCAGUACUUUAGUGCGCAUCCCAAUGAUUGUAGCAGGCUGUUUAAGCGAUUUAUUUUUUUAACGGAAAGGUAAAAUAUUUACCCUGCGUAGGCUGAUUAGUUUUGCUCUUGCCCUGUUUCCUCUAACAAAGCUGGGUGUCGUGGUUUAACCCUGGCCGGUGACUAAGCCCCAUGUAGCUGCUGAAACCGGGACACGGGGUGACAUGAGCUCUCCCUGCUGUGGUUGGAGGUGCGAGCAUCCCAGUACCGUGCUCUCAGGUGAGGGAUAGAGCGUUCCUGUUUUCCUGGACUCUGGUGUCUGUAAGACCCCAAGAGGACUGCUCAGGCAGAAAUGCCUUAUAACCAGGGCAGCUGUGAUGAGUGUAGUUCCCCAAUUAAAAUGAUGCCAGGGAGCAUUGUUUGGGCUAGUGUGAUAUGCACUUUUAUAAGCCUAGUUCUACUGUUUAGCUGGGCAGGCUUUUUUUCCAAAACCGUUUCCCAAUCCUGCCUUGUUAAGGGAGAUCAAGGAUUGUUAAUACUUGUGUUUUUGGGGUUCUGUGCUUACUAAUACCUCGCAAGCCUACAGACAAAAGAUCUGUUUAUGCCUUGGGAAAGCUGGCAAUCUGCUCAGCGGUGUGAUGUGAGCGAGCGCGGUACCUUAUUGGGUACCAGUAAAUCCAUAGCCCGAGAGCUGAUCCUGUGACCUGCUUUGCUGAAAGAAAGAGUCUCCCUUUUACACUAAUUUGCAGAAUGUGGUAUCUUUUAAAAUAGUGAUUUCAGUGUAUCUAAUGCAAAAGCUAUGCUACGUAUGAAGCUUCUGUGUUCUGUCAUCUGUAUGACUUAAAGGUGUACAUUAAAUGCUUUUUCCUCUGCUUUUUAAGUCACUAGAUCAGGGAACCAUUUUGUAAUAGCUCGUUCAUUUCCAAAAUUAAUUUUAAAUCGAGUAAAUUCAAACACUUUGGAGAAUAUGUUUGAAAGUAGAAGUCUGCUUUUGUUGUUCAGGAAGUAGGAGGAAAGAAGUUGAUUGGGAGCAACUCUUAAAGGGAUAACUCACAACAUUUUUUGAAUUUCAUCCCUUCUUAGCAUUAAUCUUUAACUUCAGGAUUUAAAAUCUUUUAUUUUCAAUGGAGAACAUUAAUUAAAAUGGUCCAUUUCUUUCACUUCCACAUAGACUUGUAUGUGAUGGGGGGGGGGAAGUAGGUCAAGAUAUAAUAAAAUUAUGUUAAAACUACAUUAAAAACAACAACAACAAAAAAAAAAAACUAGCCAAAACCCUGCACUAUACACUUCAGGGAACAAGGCAACAAUCCAGAAUGAAAGGGCAGUGUGACGAUUAUUUUAAAAUGUGUAAGAUUUUGGAGUGCUAUACAAAAUUGGUGUAAUUAAAACAAUGUUUUGCAAUGCAUUAGGUUUAAAUUUUCUAAUUUGUUUUUUUAAUAUAUUGCAGUUAUGUUACGUAUUUACUAUGUGUCAGAAGACAAUUUCCUGAUGAAAAAAAAAAAUAAAAUCAUUAACACUUGUGUAUUCAGCAAGAAGUGUAGUAAACAGGCUGCAAAGUUGUAAUGUACUGAAUACAUUAGUGUAGGGCACUUCUUACCUGGCAUUAAAGGCUUAUAAUACAGCAAAUUAGAUAACUGCAGCACCUGUUCUUCAAUUGCACUUUAUUAUUUUAAAACUGUGGUGAAACAUUGAUGAAAUUUAAUGUUGCAAGCUUGUGUCUUUGCUUUUUUAUGCAAAAAAGUAAAUGCAUGAUAAGUAGCAUCGUAAUAAAUGCUACCUGUAGAAUGUAAUAUUCUCUUAUUAGUGGCUUAAAGCUUCUAUUUUUAACAGAUGCAUUGUCUAGUGUAAAAGCAGACUCUUGGUGUGUCACCAGGUGUCUUUGGCAUGGACAUAUCAAUUGGAAGGAGUUAAUCCUGUUAAAAUUGCUCAGAUAUCUUAGUUUUCUUUUCUUUUACAUGCUUCAGUACCAGGUGACAUAAAAUUAGCACGAUGAUCAUGGGAGAGUCUGUAUUGAUAAGGCUGUAUGUAGGAAUGCAAGUUUCCUUUUUUUUAUGGCUUAACUUCUUCAUCAAAAGAUGAGUAAAUACCACUUUCAGAACUACUACAGGGGAAUGGCAUGUCAGGUUUUGCUUUUACAAUUGAUUUGUGGAUACGGUACUUGCAGAGAAGAAAUGUAUUUCAAAUACUCAUUUUCUCAGUGAGUGUAUCGGUGGAUUUCAGUGAAGUCGAGAGCGCCUUACACUACAGAGAUGCUUUAUGGGUUAUCUGUGUGCAUUCUUCAGUGGUAAGAAUGACAUCUCUGAAGCCUACUCUACCUCUAUAAAUACAUGCUAUCUUCAGUGAGCUCAAUUUAAUAACUUAAUUGCUUAAAAAACAAAAUCUAUUGAAUAAUGAAAAAUAUCCUAUGCACAGGAAAAUGAGCAGAGCUGAUUUUAUAUACCAGUUCUUAACAAUGCCAAAUUUUGUAUUAAAACUUCUUAAAUUAAUCAGUGUCUGGAAGAGAAUUACUUCCAUCUUUACUUAGAAAAUUACAGGAGAAGAUUACUCAUACUGCAGAACUAAUGUUAACCUAUGAGUAAAGCUUACACAAACGAGCAAAUGCAUUCAAUCAGGUGGAGGAGAGGUGGAGGAGACUUUGAGAACAUAAGAACAAAGAUCCAGAUGUCUUCCUACUGCUCUGGUUGAGACAACAGCAGACCGAUACAUAGCAGAAAGGUUUAGGUAUUUCUAUAUCUGUUCACAGUGGAAAACUAAUCUAUUUACAAUUUUCAAACUGUAUAAAAUGGGUUAUCAGUUGUUGUUUGCUGUAUGAAGAGGACUUUUUCUCUUGGACUUGUGUGUUUUAAGUACAUGGACAUACAAGCUUUCCAUAAAUAGAGAAAUUUGUAAAAUUGUUUUGUGAUGCUUCUGCUGAACCAUUCAGAGGAAAAUAAAGGGCUGCUUGAUAAUUACUCCAGCUUAGGAUCUGGUGCAGUGUUGGCUGUCAAUAAAGCAAAUAGAAAGGGACUAGAAUUUUCAGACUAAAAACUGCCUGGAAGUGUUCCAGGCCAGGCUGGAUGGGCUUUGAGCAACCUGGUCUAGUGGAAGGUGUCCCUGCCUGUGGCAGGGGGGCUGGAACUAGACAAUCUUUAAGGUCCCUUCCAACCCAAAACAUUCUAUGACUUUGAAAUGUAUGGACAACCUUCUUGCAUAUUUUUAAUAGCCUACUGUACAACCUCAUUAUCUGGCUACAGGGAAGGAUUUCUUCCUGGUGGGGUUUCUCUAUCUGUGGAAUAUAUCUGACAGCUGGAAAAAGAACAGUACUUCAUUGCUGAGAUCCUGACAGCAGUCAAAUGGAAAUGAUGAUCAGUAUUCAUGAACUUUAACAUUCAUCCAAACCCAGGUAAAAUCUCUUUGUUGGGCAGGCCAAGGUCUGAGGAUUUCCUGAACACAACUUUCAAGUUCUUUUUUUAGGGUAGAGAAGGUGAAAGAUAUGUGGGAUCUUGGGAUGUUUAGAGAUCUGGAAUUAAGCAUCAGAUCAUACUUUUAGGUGACUAACACUUGAUAAGGUUUCUUACGUGUUAUAAAUCUCUACUAGCUACCUCCUUUGACAUUCUUGCUCUAUUUAUAAUAACCAAGCACUUUAUAGCUCAGUAAAGAAUAGAAGGUAGCUAUGAAGAAUAAAUUGUAUUGUUUGGUAUAAGAAAUAUUUUGGCAAAAUUUCUUCCGAGAUCAGUUUCAUUGUGUGAUGUCCUGCACUUGAGAGGGCAUCUGAUUAUAACCAUGUACAUAAAUUUUUUUAAAUCUAGUUGUAAGGUAAAGGAAACGUCUUUAAAAGAGUGAAUUAUGAAGAGUUCAGCAUGACUUGGUAUCAACCAUAUAAUGAUUCAGUGUGCUAUUUAUAACUUCCCACUUACUGAAAUUGAAAAUACAAAAGCAAAUAAAAUAUACUGUAGUGUAUCUUUAUUUUUAAUCUAUGCGUGGGAUGUCAAACAUUGUACUUGUCUUGUGGACAGGACAUGCUUUUAUGAGCCUAUAAAUAUUUAAGUAUAUAAGAAUCUGCACCCAAGUGGAAGAUGUUGCAUGUAAGUUUUUAGAUUUUGGUAUUUAAAAAUCUGCUACGUUUGAAAGCAACAUUUAAAUAUUAAUACUAAGCUGUAAUACAUAACAUUUUGAAUGCAGGAUAUUUUGGAUAUUUUGUUUAUUGUAACCCUGUUCAAGUUUCACAAAAUAACCCACGAUGGGGGAAAAGGAGGAAAAGGGCUAAUCAUGAGCUCGGCUAUGUAAUUUGCACACUUCAUAUGCACACAUCCAAAUAUCCUGGAUUUGGUUCUAGCAUGCAUAUACCAAACAGUGUUUUCUUUAAUAUUGACAGGUACCUAUAUAUAUGUAGAAUAAUUUAACACGUAAGCACAGCUAACUUGAUAUAAAACCAAACCACAAAAUCUCUUGGGAACAAAUGAGUUACAAGUUAGGCAUAAGUAACGGAGCCUGUAAUUCAAAAAUGUUUAUAUAAUCUUCUGUCUAAGAAGAAACUUUAUAAAUGUAUCUAACUUAUGUGCAGAGCAAGGCUGAAAACUGUAAAUUCUGCUAGACUGAUUUCUGGUACAUGUUGACAAUCUGGUUUGCAGUAAAUACUAAUGCUGUCACAAAAUGUCAGGAUCACAUUAUUAAGUUCAAAUUAUAAUGUGGCCUGAUUGUAGUAGCAAUCCUUAUCACGGCACAAAAACUUAAAAAUGCAAUAUAACAAUUCUGCAGAUCAGUGAUAAAAGUAAUCGGUUAUGGUAAAGCAAAUGAUUAAGUAUUAUAAGUUUAAACUUACUUUUUAUUAUAAAUUCUGAGUUAUUUGUUUGCAUUUCAGUGGUAUUGUGAAGCAUUUCUGUAUUUUGUUUGAACAGUUUAGGAGCUUGCAUAAAAUGAUACUGGCUGAUUUUUUUUUUCCCCUUUGAUAUAUGCAAUAAUGUCAAUAAGCAAUAAAUUGCAUGUUGUAUGCAAGGUAUCGGUACUUCAUAAUAAAGAAAAGGAACACA